GUGCUCGGACCAAAUUCUCCGGGGAAAGAUGGCGCGAAAAGGGCUUUGGAUUUAGGCGCGAAGUUGGUCUCCCGCUUCCCGGGCUAGGCAACCGACAUGAUUCGACGUACUCUCCGGUUUCAGUUAUCUCAGGGCGACGCUACAGAAGGCUCUGCCUCCAAGAAGAAAGCGGGGAAAUGUGGCGGCGUCAGAAACCACCAUAUAACAGAAUUUUUUAAGCCACCCAGCAGGCCAGAGACUGAUGCCCUCGUUUCUGCUUUAAGAGACACUGUCUGCAGUCAAUCAAUGAAGCUGCAGACUCCGGGCGGUGGCUCUUGGAAUGAGAAGUCAGCCACGUGUCAGAGACCAAGAAUGAUCCCCACAUCAUCAUCGACAAAUGAACGCCCCAGCUCUGAGCCCAGUCUAAGUGUCGUGAGAAGAGAGGAUCAGAAAAUUGUAAGAAAAUUUGAGGAGUUUUGCCCAAAGUGUGGGAAGAGCUUACUGUUUCCAAGGGUGUUGCUGCAGAGACUAACCUUGCCUGUCAACUCACACGUUUAUUUAGAAGAUAAAGAAGGGUAUAAAAUAUUUUCAGAUAAUUUUCAGACUGUUCGUAUCAGCAGUGAUAGCAGUCUGCACUCAUCAUCCCCAAAAUUUGGGUCACGCUCUAGACGUAAGCAUUCGCUGACUGUUUUGGGGAGUGCUUGUCAAACUGUAAUGAGUAGGCAAAACAAGUGCAGUCCCUUAAAGUCUCUUAACUUAUUAAGGUCAGAUUUACAGGUGCCACUUGACUUUGGCCAGGAUGAAAUAACAUGGAAGAAAUACAUGAACCCGGUUGUUAAUCUGGGAAAAAAUUGGUGCAAUCAGGUUGGUCAACAGGUAAAAAGCACCUCUUCCGCUCUUAAGCGCAAGUUAGAUUCCCAAAAUGGUUCUGAUUCUCUAGACCGUUCAAAUUCUUUCACUGAAAGGUGCAGAACUCCUAAAAUGUCAAAAAUUGAUGAAGAUUUUAACCACUUGUUGACUUCUGUGGCCGCACCAUCGGAGUGUAACCGGCAUGGAAAUAAUGCUUCUCAUUCCUGUCAGAAAAGUGCAGAUCUGGAGACUGGACCCUCGGUGCCUGGGCUGGCCAAACCUGAUUUAUCGCACAAUACAGACUCUGGAAAUCCGCUCAGGGGUGCUUCAGUUUUAACUAAAGAGAGUCUCUGGCAGGAGUCUCCUCUGUGUGGAAAACCUUCAAGCCCCGGUGAAGGUUUGGAUGUGUCCCCAUCACAUAGUGAUCGUUCUUCUAUACCGGACUCUGAAGUCAGUGAAAACAAGUUGAAGAAACGACCAAGAGCUCUGCGAGAAGUUCCUGUCUCGGACAGUGAUGAAUCCUUUACAGGGUUUCCAUUAAGUGGUGAUGAUGAGAAAGAAGAGGAGGAGGCCUUUAAACCCCUGGAUGAGAUUUUUCAAAUGACAAGAAAACCACUUCCAGCAACUCCCCAAAAAUAUAUCCUAGACCACUCGCUUGCUUCCUUAUCUCCGGCUUCGCUCCUUGGAACACCAGCUAUCAGAAAGGUAAAGCCGUCAGUGUAUGAUAAUAACUUGGAUCGACUAGUGAAAGAACAGGAAGAGUGCAAAAGGUUAGAUGAGAUGGAAAAGUUAUUACAUGAAGACCUAGAGAGAGGAUUGGGGGUCGCCGAUGAACAGGAGGACAGUGCCGAGGAAGGUGAACUUACAGAUGAGCACAGAGAAUUUUUGGACAAAUUUAAAUUUGUCACGAAUGUUAUACCAGAUCAGCAUCCAGGGGAGGAACUCUUCCACUUAUCUGAAUCUGGAGCGAUCUUCAGCCUCCAUAAACUUGACUUGAGACAUUCAAAAUUCUCUCUUGAAAGCGCAGAGGAAAAUCUAAUUUUCAGUUGUAGUCCAGAAGAUCAAAUCACUGUGGCCACGGAGGGGCUUUUUACUUUUCUGUAUGGCUUUAAGAAAUGUCCUGAUUUUCUAAUGAGAUGGAUGUUCCAGGUGGUUUCUAUUCACCCAUCGUACGCCGUUUCCGUGAAACUUCUGCACACGUUGAUAGACAUUUCUUGCACUCAUCUUCAAAAUCUGCAAGAAAAACCAUGGACUCCAUCGUUGUUGGAUAUAGCUACUGUGUUUGCAAACAUGGGGAUUCGCUUUGAAACUCUAUUCCCUCUGCAACAUAUUCAGCCUUUAUUUGGCUCCACCGACAUGGGACCUGCACUGCCGCUGGACGGGUUACAGGAAAGCAGAUGCUUUGAGCCAAUAUUUUCUCAUAUUCCAGAAUUUCAGAUUGCACAUGUGAUUAAGUUUUUAGGGUUUUGCUCGGCAAUCUGCAGUGAGAGCUUCUGUGACCUGGAAAUCCUUGCACUUAUAGUUUUGCUCUUAAAACUGCACUUAGAAAAGGACUUAAAGGACUUUCCCACAAUGGACUUGCACUGCCUUAUUGAAACCCUGCUUCAAAAUAUCAAGUCCUGGGACAAAGUGAUGCCGGAAAUGUUUUACGCAAUAAGUGAACUUUCCAGUCACCAUCAUAACUGCAUCAAGCUGUUGCAGCUCAUUCCGACUACAGAGAAUCGUGGAAGACAGUUGCGAAAACACCUCAGCCUAAUUUACUUGUGUAAUAUUCUGGAAGGGAACUGCACAGGUGUUCCACUAGACUAUGAUUCUCAGAUGCUCCUUUUAAGUCGUUUAAUGUCUCAAAUGAGGCCAUCUUCGUUGGUGAAGAAAAUGCAAAAACUUCCUGAAAAUGAGUCCAAGACUACGCUUGAUUUGGAUCAAGAGGCAUACUAUCUGACUUUCAGCCUUUUACAUCUUGUAAAUGAUGCCAGUAGCUCAGAUAUGCCACCUUCCAAACAGAGAAAAUAUCUGCAAAAACUAUGCAUUGAACUGGAGAAGUACAUAAAAAGCGACAUCCGGGAGAAUGCAAGAUAUUUCUACCGCACAAAGGUGAAGGAUUUAGUUGCCAGACUACAUGGUAGAUGGCAGGAGCUGCUGCUUUAUUCUCAGCCAAAUCAGGGAAAGCUUCGUGAUUACUGGGAGCCUGUGGGUGAUGGCUCAAGCCCCCAAAGCUCACAAGAAAAUGCUGACUGUGCUCUUCAGGACUUUCCUUAUGAUGACAAUUAGUGUCCACCCUCUCGCAAACAAUUUUUACGGUCUUCUUUUCUGUAUAGAAAAUAUACAAAAUAUGCCAUUUUCUGCCUAAGCUGCUGUUUCUUAGAAAAAAACUGUUCAGUACUAUUGGAUAAAGUUCAAAGCUUGUUCAGGUUAAAGGGGUUCUAAUACUGCCCAUAAUAUUGCUGACCUGUUGUCGGGAUAGGUCAUCAAUAUUUGAUUGGUGGGGUUCCGACACCCCCGCCGAUCAGCUGUUUGAAGAGGAGGCGGCGCUCCAUGUGAGCACCGCUUCCUCUUUAUCACACCGUACUUCGCCUCGGAAGUGCAGUGUAAUACAAGCACCCGCUCCAUUCAAGUGAAUGGAACGGGUGCCUGUAGGUACACUACGCCACCGCUACACUGAGACUAGACGGUGUGAAGACCAGGACGGAGCGCACGCAUGGACUCCCACCAAUCAUAUAUUGAUGACCUAACCUGAGGAUAGGUCAUCAAUAUUAUAGACUGGAUCACCCCUUUAAGAUUCCACAUAAUGGUAAAUAUGUGAUUCACUGAAGAAUGUAAGUAAAAUAAUGACAUUUUGUUAUAAUGUUAUAGCAUGGGUUAAAAGUGUAAUAUUACUGAACACUUCCCAAUAUUUGUUAAAGCUGCGCCAGAACAAAUAGAAUAUGAAAGCGGUUGUGUCAACUAGGAUAUGCCACCAGUAUCUGACAGCCAUCUCUAAAAUGGAGCCUGCAAAGUGAAGGCAAGCGGGCCGCGCUUGUGUGGCCACCCUCCAUUCAUUUCUAUAGGAGUGCCGAAAAUAGCCGCGCGGUGCGCUCUGCUAUUUUCGGAAUUCCCAUAGAAAUUAAUGGAACGCACACCGCACAAGCUCGCCCACAGCUCCAUUCACUUCUAUGGGACUGACUGGAAUAGCCGAGCCAGUGCUCGAUUAUUUUCGACAGACCCUUUGAAAGUGAUGGAGGGUGGCCGUACAUGUGCAGUCCUCUCUCCUUCACAUUGUGGGCUCUGUUCUAGAGAUAGGUGCAGGUCAGACAUUGGUGGCGAUAUGCUGCCAAUGUUGGAGAUGAUGCAACCUCUUCCGUACAAGGGGCAUUGACUUGCACUUUAAAUAUUACAGCCUAUACUGUAGGCAGAACUGCAUUUUUUUGUUUUGUUAUAUGUUUUGUUUUUUGUAAGAAAAAUUUUGUUGUUUAACUGUACAAAAGUGGCUUUUCACUUAUAGCUGACAAGAUAUCCGCACACUUAUAUUCUAACACCCAAUCUCUGGUAUCUUCUCCAAAGGUCAGCAGCAUAGAUAUGAACAUUCACAGAGUUGGUACCCAUCGGAGUGUCAUAAUUUUAGCGGGAGAGCUUUCAUUUAUACAGUGAUAUACUGUAGAUAUUAGCUAUGUAGGAUAAAGCUGGCCAUACACAUUAGAACUAUUUCUGCCAAAUCUGCCAAUUUCAAUGGGUUCAGUUGAACAUCUAACGUGUAUGGGGCCCCCCGAUUCUCUGACAGCAGAUUUGUCAAAGGGAGAUGAGGAUUGGGCAACGACUAUUUUAACGCACCCAAUGCUUUUGUUCUUCUCAUUUAUUACAUACAGUAGGCAUGCGAGGAUCAGAAUAGAUAGCUGUCAAUCAAAUGAGCGUUAUCUCGCAUGGCCAGCUUUAGACUGGAUGAGUUCCUGUUUUAUCUGUCAUCCAAAUGUCUGGUUUUAGGGAGUUGAUAUUAACCUGUCACUAUGACUGACCUAUACAAUAGGGUCAUUGGUAUGAUAUUUUAGAAAUGAAGGACUUCCUAGUUCUGUGGCGUUCACAGGGCAUCUAGCAUUGGCUGAGAAGGGUGGUGUGAUACUGUCUAUGAUGCAAUUAUUUUCUUUGAACACAUUCUCACCUGCAAAGCAGAAAAACAAAGUUAGUGCUUCAUAGUCAGGAUCAGCUUUGACAUGAAAAAAUUGUAUAGAACACUGCAUAGUGUGCUGUACGAGGAGGCCCAGCUACCACAACAUUCGUCACCGAUGUACUGGACGGCUGGGUCAUCUACGGCUGCUGCUCCCACAACAUAGUCCUGGGAAGCAGUUCUUAAAGCACUUUUUUUACACUGUGCUUUCAACCAACGUGUCCUGCUCAGACUAACCUCUUUGUUAGGUUCAGCUCAACAGAGAUUGCAAAAAAAAAGAAAAGACUAUGUCCAUUGACUGUAAUUUUCAUAGUGUUUAAGCCGAUGACGUGCCUGAGCACGAGGCACACUUUUAUUCAAGAAAGGACGUGACUAUAAGUUAACCUUUUUAAUAAUAACCUGUCAUGUUGUACAUACAGUCUGUGGGCAGCAUGUUAUAGAGCAGGAGGAGCUGAGCAGAUUGAUUUGUGGAAAAAGGUUCACACAGGUUCUCCAUUAGAUUGCUAGAACAUUACUACUUUAGAGUCAUAGACAACACCCAGCACUGAGAGAUCAUGUAACACACUCCGCUGAGCCAGGUAGUGUUUUCAGCCUUGCUGUUUUGAACUUUAUUGGCUUUCCUUACAUGUCUGUCUUUAGUAAAAACGUGUAUUCCCCAUAGAAAAACACUUCUGGAGCAGUUUUUCUGCAGAUUGCCAUUCCAGGUUUAAGGGCUCAUGCGCACGAACGUAUUUUCUUUGUGUCCAUUCCAGUUUUGUUUUCUUUUUUUUUUGCGGACUGUAUGCGGAACCAUUCACUUCAAUUUGUCCGCAAAGAAAAAAAGGAAGUUACUCCGUGUGCAUUCUGUUUCCGUUCCGCAAAAAAAUAGAACAUGUCCUAUUAUUUACAAAGAGUAGUAAGCAGGUGGCUCACUCUGAUUUAACACGACAGGUGCACAAGUUCAAAGAAACACCCCCUGGUUCUGAUUAAUACAAAUAUAGGUUGGAUAGAACCGACACUCAUGUCCUAUUAUUGUCUGCAUUACGGACAAGGAUAGUACUGUUCUAUGAGGGGCCAGCUGUUCCGUUCCACAAAAUACGGAAUGCACACGGAUGUCAUCCGUGUUUUUUGCGGACCACAAAAUACAUACGGUUGUGUGCAUGAGCCCUAAUUGUGAUAAAUAAAUUGACAGCCUGUUACCAUUCCACUUGUCCACACCCUGAUGACCCACACACAAUGCCAACACCAAGUUUGCAGCAUCAGACAUUUUUAGGAGCACGCCCUAGGGCAGGGGUCACCAGCCUCCGGCACUCUAGGUGUUGUGAAACUACAUCUCCCAUCACGCACACUUGCUUUACUUUUCUCUGAAAGGAGCAUGCUGGGGGAUGUAGUUUCACAACAGCUGUAGUGCAGAAGGUUGUUGAUUUGUGCCCUACGGGAAUAGAAGCUUCCACCUGUCAAUGUAUUUAAUACAUUUCCAGGAGGAACAACAGGGGAACUACACAAGGCAAAGUUCCAAUAGAAGAUACAAUACAUACAAGUGAAAAAAACAGGCAUGUCACCAUAAAAGUCCACUUUUAAUAGGUCUGUCAUAGUGACGCCUUCUCUUCAGGGUCAAAACCUAAAAAUACACAACCUCAAUAAGCUUGCAAAUUAAACUCUUUCGCACACGUUCAUGUUAAUAUGCUAUUUCAACUUUUGUGUUUUUGUUUUUUAUAUAUCUGGAAAAAAAAUGUUUUGUUAAAGUUGCACUUUAAUUAUACCUCAUUUUUAUGUUGGUUAUUUAUAAAACUAAAAUUGAAGCACG